GCCUCGCUGCUGCCGGAGCACCGUUGGGCGCCUUUUAAAGAGCGCGUUGGUUGAACGUGUUAGGGUGGUCGUCCGCCCGAGGGCCCGUCUUCUCGCUGGACUGCUUGCUCCCCGAGGGCAGCAGGACGGCCUUGCCCACUCGCGAUCUCCCCAAAGCCUGAUACAAAACCCACGACGUUGGGAAACGAAACAGCCCAAAGUAUUCGUCCUGGCUUCUGGGGCCUGGGGCACGGCUCUCCCCAUCUGUAAGACGGCGAUGAGUAAUUGUAAAGUGCUGACCAGUUGCCAUUGAACAUAGUUGAAACAAAAUAGAAGAUAAUGGCAGCAAACCCUUCAGGACAAGACUACUCAUCUUAGAUUCUAAGUAUACAUUCAUUGGUGUAAUUAUUUGAUCAUCUCUAUCCUCACUGGACUGUUUGAGAACCAUGAGAGCUAGAAUCAUGUCAAGUUUUGGCUCAUCAUUGUAUCCUUAGAACCUAUCUAGUGCCUGUAUACGAUGGAUACACAGGUUACAGUAAUUUUACCACUACCAAAACAAAACAAAAUUUCAGGUUUUCAAAACAAAAACAGAGUUGCAAUCUUGGCAGAACUGGACAAAGAGAAAAGAAAAUUACUAAUGCAGAACCAGUCUUCAACUAAUCAUCCUGGAGCGAGCAUUGCACUCUCCAGACCCUCUCUUAAUAAGGACUUCCGGGAUCAUGCUGAGCAGCAGCAUAUUGCAGCCCAACAAAAGGCAGCUUUGCAGCAUGCACAUGCACACUCAUCUGGAUACUUCAUAACUCAAGACUCUGCAUUUGGGAAUCUUAUUCUUCCCGUCUUACCUCGCCUUGACCCAGAAUGAAGAAAAUAUUUGUAACAAAAGUAACCCUAAUAUCGGAUGCCAAAGCUACUAUCAUUUAGUGCUAUACAAACUAUGACUUUCAGAAUUUUGGUGAACUUUUAUACUUUUUGCUUCUUUAAAAGAAAGGCAUGCGUAAGUCAAAGCAGAAAAGGAGAGUCACCAGAAGGAUGAGAGUUUUGGGAGCUAUAUUACCUGAGGAACUGAUGAUGCUACUUGUGACUGUUCUGGAACACAGUUUGAUUUUUGACUCUAAAUCAGACUCUGAAUUGGAUGGUCACAUAAAUUCACUCCCCACCCCCAUUGGACUAAUAUAUCAUUGUCCACAGUAGACUUUCACGAACAUUAAUAGUACUUCACCUUAAAGAAAUGAGGGUGCUUUUAAAAAAGUGAACCAAUAGGCUUAAAUAAGUUACAUUCCUAUUUGCUGUUUGUAGAAUUUAUAUUCAACACGUCAGCCUGAAAUAUUCUCUGACUCGUAACUCCCUUCUUCUCCAUUUUCAAAAAAAAUCUAAGACAAGACUAAGUUACCAACCAGUCUUAAAAAUCUUUUAUAAACCCAUGCUACUAUAAAUUAUGUGACUAAAUGAUAUUAAAAAUAAUUAUAAGAAAUAUGGUGGCUUUAAAA